GGCAGCCCGGGCGCCGCCCGCUCGGCCCGGCGAGGACAAAGGCGCGGCUGGGGACGAGGAGGAGGGGGCCUGUUAUUUUGCAGGCUCGCGGGGGAGGCCCCCCCGGCCGGUCUGCCUCCGCCUCCCCCGGCUGGACCCUCCGAGGCCCCGGCCGGCCAGGCGGCCACCCCGGCUGUGAUUUGGGGACGCUGAGGGAGGGGGCCUGGGGUGCUGGGCGCCGGAUACUGUUGAUUCGGGCCCGCGUAGGUUUCAUCGGACAAUCACCGGCGCCCCCUGCUCUCCCGGCCCCGGCGCCCGGACCUGGGGGUUCGCAAGGCUGCGCCCACUCGUUGGAUGGCGGGCGUUUGGGGGUCCUAAGCAAGAGUGAGCCAUGGAGCUACGUGUGGGGAACAAGUACCGCCUGGGACGGAAGAUCGGGAGCGGGUCCUUCGGAGAUAUCUACCUGGGUGCCAACAUCGCCUCUGGUGAGGAAGUCGCCAUCAAGCUGGAGUGUGUGAAGACAAAGCACCCCCAGCUGCACAUCGAGAGCAAGUUCUACAAGAUGAUGCAGGGCGGCGUGGGGAUCCCGUCCAUCAAGUGGUGCGGAGCUGAGGGCGACUACAAUGUGAUGGUCAUGGAGCUGCUGGGGCCCAGCCUCGAGGACCUGUUCAACUUCUGCUCCCGCAAGUUCAGCCUCAAGACGGUGCUGCUCCUGGCCGACCAGAUGAUCAGCCGCAUCGAGUAUAUCCACUCCAAGAACUUUAUCCACCGGGACGUCAAGCCCGACAACUUCCUCAUGGGGCUGGGGAAGAAGGGCAACCUGGUCUACAUCAUCGACUUCGGCCUGGCCAAGAAGUACCGGGACGCCCGCACCCACCAGCACAUUCCCUACCGGGAAAACAAGAACCUGACCGGCACGGCCCGCUAUGCUUCCAUCAACACGCACCUGGGCAUUGAGCAAAGCCGUCGAGAUGACCUGGAGAGCCUGGGCUACGUGCUCAUGUACUUCAACCUGGGCUCCCUGCCCUGGCAGGGGCUCAAAGCAGCCACCAAGCGCCAGAAGUAUGAGCGGAUCAGCGAGAAGAAGAUGUCAACGCCCAUCGAGGUCCUUUGCAAAGGCUAUCCCUCUGAAUUCUCAACAUACCUCAACUUCUGCCGCUCCCUGCGGUUUGAUGACAAGCCCGACUACUCUUACCUACGUCAGCUCUUCCGCAACCUCUUCCACCGGCAGGGCUUCUCCUAUGACUACGUCUUCGACUGGAACAUGCUGAAAUUCGGUGCAGCCCGGAACCCCGAGGACGUGGACCGGGAGCGGCGAGAGCACGAGCGCGAGGAGAGGAUGGGGCAGCUACGGGGGUCCGCGACCCGAGCCCUGCCCCCUGGCCCACCCACAGGGGCCACUGCCAACCGGCUCCGCAGUGCCGCCGAGCCCGUGGCUUCCACGCCAGCCUCCCGCAUCCAGCCGGCUGGCAAUACUUCUCCCAGAGCGAUCUCGCGGGUCGACCGGGAGAGGAAGGUGAGUAUGAGGCUGCACAGGGGCGCGCCUGCCAAUGUCUCCUCCUCAGACCUCACUGGGCGGCAAGAGGUCUCCCGGAUCCCAGCCUCACAGACAAGUGUGCCAUUUGACCAUCUCGGGAAGUGAGGAGAGCGCCCAUUGGACCAGUGUUUGCUUAGUGUCUUCACUGUAUUUUCUUUAAAAAAAAAACAAAAAAACAAAAAAAGAUGGCAAAAAUAAACCACUCAAAAGAACAACAAAAAAACCCAGCACAAAACCGACGAUGGAGUUUGUUUCUUUGAUUUCUUUGCCAAUGGCAAGAAGAUGAAAUGCCCUCAGCACUGAGGAUUCUUGCCCCCUUGUGGUGCCCGCUGCCCCCAACCUUCAGGCUGCCAGAUGCUCCCCUGACAACACCAGGCUGCAGGAGCCAGACGCCAGGGCCUGCCCGACCUCCUGUUCCUGCCCCCACCCACCACCUGCCUGGAGAGGAACGGGUUGGGUCCGUGUCGGAGAAGUGACAGGUCCCAGAGCCAAAGCCGGCUCUCGAGCGUCAUCAGGGAGUGGUGUAGUCAGUUGAAGGCAGUUCCCAGCGAGUUUCCCGAGCCUCAGAAUCCAGGAGAUACGCACAGCCCCACCCACUCUGAGAUGACAGUGGCCGACUUCCUGUGCUGGGCUUUUCCAGUGUCCCCCUGGCCUCCAGGCUCCUCCUCUGCCUCUCCAUGGAGUGGGUGGGGAGGUGGUGGGGGCCGGCAUUCCCUGCGUGUGUGUGUGGAUGUAUUGACCUGUGUUUCCCAAGACAGCAGGUGCCACGGCCCUCCCCGCCUGCCAGCCCGAAUUCCCGUUCUCCUGUGUCUACUAACAAGGACAUGGGGGUAGGCGGUGACCUCUGCAUCCCUCAGAGCUCAGAGGGUCCUCGCUGCCACCAAUCCCCCCCAGCCCGUCAUCAGCCGGUGGCAGCUUCAUCUUCCAUUCCUGGUUUUAGGGCAGAAUCCAUGGAGACUGCUUCCAGAAGGCAUCUGGCUCUGAGUUAUAAAUUACUUCCCUGGUUCUGACAGUCACCUGGGGUCCCCCCUCUCCCUGGAUUCCACCUUUCUGAGGAGGAGCCUGGGGUCCAGGCUGGGUUUUGGAUUAACCCAUCCUUCCUAGUUAACACCUUUUUGUUUUUAUUUUAUUUUAUUUUUGUUUGUUUUCUCCGUGUGUGUGUUUUCCUAAUUUAUUUACCUCUUUUUCCCCUUUUUCCUUUUUUUUUUUUUUAAUUAAAGAGCAAAGCUUUUUAUUACUUUGUAAUUUAAAAAACUGAAAAAAAAAAUACUGAAGAACUUUGGGGGGAAUUUUGUACUUUUUUCCUGUGUAAAUAUUGGACUUUUUUGAGCUUUAUUGUGGUUGUUAAUUUGAAGUAAUAAAGUAGAAAAGAUAAAGUGA